AUGCCAGCCGAUACAACAUUUUUUGAUGCAAGAGGUAAUGCUAUCUUCUCAUUACCAACUGCACCAAGAAAUACUAUAUUGUAUUCUCCACAUGCCAGAUAUGUAUUAGUAGCCGGUUUUGGUAACUUGCAAGGUACUGUUGAUGUAUAUGACCGUCAAAAUAAGUUUUCAAAGGUUACUACUUUCGAAGCUGCAAAUACCUCGGUGUGUGAGUGGUCACCAUGUGGAAGGUACAUAUUGACAGCCACCACAUCACCAAGAUUGAGAGUUGAUAAUGGGUGUAAGAUUUGGCAUGCUAGUGGUAAAUUGGUUUAUUUGAAGGAAUACCAAGAAUUAUAUUCGAUCACUUGGAAGCCCCAAAGCUUGGAUAAGUUCCCCCCAUUAAGGAACUUGGAAGAUGCACCAGUCGCACAUGAAUCGACGAAGGAAUAUUUGGCAAAGAAGCAAGCAAAUGACUUGAGUGCUGCCCAGAAGCCUAGCGGAGCAUAUCGUCCACCCCACGCCAGAAAUUCUGGUAGCAGUGCAAGAACGUCAUUAUAUCAAAAGGAAUUGCAAUCAAGCAGCUCUCUUUCUGGAUCGAACGGCAACGGUGCCAGAACCAGAGUGGUCCCAGGUGCUGCUCCGGUAGAUAACACUCCUAAAGAAAGCAAAAGUGCUGCCAAGAACAGGAAGAAGAGGGAGGCUAAAAAACAACAACAGGACGAAGGACAACAAGUUGAAUCGCCAUCUAACAGCGUCGAAAGUGGCCAAAAGGACAAUGAAGCUUCAGAAAGUGGCGUCAUUGGUGGUGUAAGCUCGUUGGAAGAGAAGAAAAUCAGAUCGUUGUUGAAAAAAUUGAGAGCCAUAGAAACAUUGAAAAUGAAGCAGGCCAAUGGCGAAACUUUGGAAGACACGCAGGUGUCCAAAAUUAAAAAGGAGGACGACAUUAGAAAAGAAUUACAUCUGUUAGGAUGGUCUGAUUAA